GACCUGCCGGGACCCCAGCCCGCCGCGCACCAGCGGCCAGCGCCGACCGGGCCGCCGGGGCGGGACCGGCGCGAGUGUGCACCGGCGGCCGGGCUGGCGCCGAGCCCGGGGCGGACCAGCGGCAGCUCUGGCGCUGCGGCCGCCGCCUCCCCGCUGACCCCGCGAUCUGAGGCUGUCAGAGAUGACUCUGGUUCUGUCCAUGAAUAGAUUCUGCGAGCCCAUUGUCUCGGAAGGAGCUGCUGAAAUUGCCGGGUACCAGACACUAUGGGAGGCUGACAGCUACGGAGGCCCGAGCCCCCCAGGGCCUGCACAGACUCCUUUGCAGGGAGACCGGGGAGCUGGUCCGCCACUGACAGGAUCACAUUACAGGGGAAUUUCAAAUCCUAUAACAACAUCCAAGAUCACAUACUUUAAGAGGAAGUAUGUGGAAGAAGAGGAUUUUCACCCACCACUCAGCAGCUGUAGCCAUAAAACCAUCUCAAUUUUUGAGGAACGAGCCCACAUCCUUUAUAUGUCCUUAGAAAAGCUAAAGUUUAUCGAUGAUCCUGAGGUGUACCUCCGAAGAUCUGUCCUUAUAAACAAUCUGAUGAAAAGAAUCCACGGAGAAAUUAUCAUGCAGAAUAACUGGUGCUUCCCUGCCUGCUCGUUCAAUGGCACCUCUGCCCAAGAGUGGUUUAUGGCUCAAGACUGUCCUUACCGGAAGCGACCACGGAUGGCCAAGGAGGAGUGUGAAAAGUUUCAUGCCUGCUGCUUUUACCAAGAAUGUGGCGGCCACUACCUAAAUUUACCCCUUUCUGUCAACGCCAAUGUCGGAAGUGCCUCCACCGCUGCCUCCUCUUCCUCCUCUUCUUCUUCCUCAUCUUCCUCUUCCUCUCCCCCUCUGCCUUUACCAAGUUGUUCCCACCAGGUGGAUUUUGAUGUAGGCAGUGCACCUAUUUACAAGAGCGAUGGCCAGAUACCCCCCAAUGAAAUCUUUGUUACUAAUGUCAGGUCACUUGGUAUCCAGGAAAAGGCCAAAUUAAAUGAUGAGAAAGCAAAUAAUGACACCAACAGAGAGGGUGGCCCCCUCAGCCAUGAACCCGUGGGAAAUGACCUUGCUUUUGAGUGCAAAGGCCAAUUUUACGAUUAUUUCGAGACUGGAUAUAAUGAAAGAAACAAUAUAAGUGAGUCUUGGAAAAAGUCCUUAAGGAAAAAGGAGCCUUCACCAAGUAACAAACUGUGCUGCAGCAAAGGGAGUAAAAUAUAAGCCAUCUUUUCACGGAAACUUUGAAGCAUGCACAGCAUGAUCAAUUAGCUCUCGUAAAUUUUAUUUUGAAUGGAUUUUAUAGUUUUGUACAACUGAUAAAAUUAUGCCAUGAACAUGCCGUGUCAUUUUAACGCCUGGAGAGCAGAUUGCAUAAAACAUCUGUAUAGUAGGCAUCAGCGAGCUACUUAUAAAUGUGAUUUUACCAAGAAAACAGUUGACUUCAUGCUUAAAAGUAUAUCUUAGUUUUCUUACAGGAAAGAUCAAUAGAUUAGAUUGGGGGACAAUGUGCCCUUGUGAUAUUUCCAUUGCCUCCCCCCAGGGAACCUGUCACUAGCUAAGAAAUUCCAACAUGUUUGCCAAUUAAUUUGGUAGUUGUUUGGUAAGCAAAUCAGUAUAACCAGCAAAGAUGUUUGCUUCUUCUGUAUGAUACAGUAUUUUUUUUUAAAUAAAAGACUGAAGACAGGGAGCUAGAUGAAAUGGCUUCAUGGUGCUGUUAAGUAUUUGUAUUUAACAGUCUUUUGUGACAGAUGAAAAUAGGAUGUAACAUAAUAAAACACACCUGUCUAGGGGCGGCAGUCAACAGUCUGCAAAGAGGGUAUUCCCUGCAAGUUCCUGGCUUGCCUGUGAUAGGUGAUGAGGCUUUUAGAGAGGUGUUAUACAGGGCGAUUUUUGGUGCCUUACUUAAACUUAAUUUUUGCCAGUGUGAAAAUUAAGGAUAAAUCAGAGUUAUAGCAGGGAUUUGAUAAACAGGA